UAACAACUUCCCGGGUCAACUUAUACAUGCGAGAAGUGACAGCAGCAGCAGCGAUCAGCGGGCAAACAGCUGGUUAUUCAUUGUCUUCAUAAUCAGUGGGUUUGCUUUCAAACUUCUUCAUCUUUGAGUGGCGAGUUUUAAUUCCCGUAAAAUGGUGUUUUACUUCACAAGUGCCGUGGUGAACCCCCACUACACAAUCUACAUGGGAAAAGACAAAUACGAAAAUGAGGAUCUAAUUAAGUAUGGAUGGCCUGAAGACAUCUGGUUUCAUGUGGACAAACUGUCUUCGGCUCACGUUUAUCUGAGACUGCCAAAGGGUCACACAAUAGCUGAUAUCCCCCCGGAGGUGCUGAUAGACUGUGCACAGCUGGUGAAAAACAACAGCAUCCAAGGCUGCAAGAUGAACAACAUCAAUGUGGUUUACACACCGUGGUCAAACCUGAAGAAAACCGGAGACAUGGACGUAGGACAGAUCGGCUUCCAUCGACAGAAAGAGGUAAAGAUCGUGUCGGUGGAGAGGAAGAUCAACGAGAUCAUAAACCGUCUGGAGAAAACUAAAGAAGAACGGCUCCCUGACCUGGCGGCGGAGAAAGAGUCGAGAGACCGAGAGGAGAGGAAUGAGAAGAAAGCUCAGCUCCAAGACCUGAAGAAGAAAGAGAAGGACGAGCAGAAGAGGAAAAAAGAGAUGGAGGAACUCAAGAACUACACGUCACUGAUGAAGAGUGAAAAUAUGAAGACUAAUGAGGACGGCUACGAUUCAGACGACUUCAUGUAAGCGGUGAACACCAGGCAGAGUACAGACAGAAUCCUCCUCCACCUUUCAGAUCUGCUGUCAGGACGUUCCCCUGCUGCUUUUUGUUGCUGCACCUCUGCACUGACAUUGGAGAGAGAAAUAAAAAAAGACAAAUGGCUACCUUUUUUUGCUUUUGGACACUUGGAGCAGAAAGGGAGCCAAUGAAGGACAGCGCUGGGUCUUAUUCCACACUUGCUGAUUGGUUCAGACACUUGCCACCAAACCAAGCUAGCCUCCUCAUCAAUGGACGACACUGUGGGAGAAACACAGGACAUGAAGAAUGCUGAUGAUCAUUUUGAGGGGGGGGGAACACUGAAGUAGCAGAACUGUUUGAUUGGGUUUUCACUUCCAUGUCGACAGAUCGUGAUGUUUGUUAAAAUGAGUGUGUGGGUGUUUAAUAACCCUGCGAACCCUUCUGCUCACUUUCUUCAUGUUGUCAUUUCUCUGCAUGCCAGAUUUUAUUGAAUACAAUCCAGUGUAUCUAUUAAAAUCACUUAUGUUGACAAGCCCUUUAUAUUCUUUUGUAAAGCACCACAAACCAGUUCCAGCCACUAUCAUUCAACUGCAGCACCAUAGUGAUUGGAGUAAAGGGUGACACAGUUUACAAUGAUGAAAUACAGAGAGGAGGAACAAUCAAAUGUUUGGCAUUUCUGCUAGAAAUAAAUGACUUUAGCAACUAACAAAGCACACAAAAUUUGAAACACAGUUAAGAGUCAGCAAGUGGACCUCGAGUAAAGAUGAAAACAGCUAGUGCUUUCACCUGUUCAAUACUGGACCUGAACAACUGAGGAAUGUGACGGCCGCAUCAGUUUAGACCUGCAGAUGUAUGUGUCAAAUCUAAUCUAAUGUCAGAGUCUGCAGGUCUAAAAUGCUGAUGCUGUUACUUAACCUUUCUUUUAAGCGAGGUGCUUUGCAUGCCAGUUGUUUCCUGUGACAACAUCAUACUAACUUCUGAGGUAAUAUCUGUAUUUUAGUGUGUUUACUUUCAGUGCCAAGAUGUUUUGUUUCUGGUCUCCAAUGUUGAAAAUCUGAAUCGUAUUACUGAAAUGAUGAUAAUAAAUCAGGAUUCCUGUAAAGCGUAUAGCAGAAUAUAUGGUCAGGAUUUGAUAAUGAGUUGUGGAAAGUAUAUUGCGACGUCUUGACAUUUUACGGAUAAAUGUUUGUCUUGAACAUCUGAACUGUAGCUUUGUUAUUAUGAAUACAUAUGCUGCCAUUUGGAAU